AUUAAUUAAUACAAAUGGUGGAUGCUAAACAAUUGAUGCCCAUAAAGAGGUUUUUAGAGACUUCUUAAGAUAAAAUCAAAUUGUUUUCAAUAGAUUAACCUGAACAAAUACAUAUGUAAUACUAAAUUUAUAAUUCAAGUUAUCAUAACAUAGGUCGUGUAACAAAAGUAGAGACUAAAUCUACAUAAGAAUAAAAAUCAAAUACAUCAAUAGGAUUCUUUGCAGUUUAUGGAAUAAUGCAAUUAAAGAAUUGGUCAUAUUUGUUAUUAGUUACAGAAGCAAACAUGGUUGGAUAAAUAUUACAAAGAACAAUAUUAUAAGUAGAAAAGAUAAGUUUUUUGCCUUUGGUAUCAAAUGGGAGAAUGGAUGAGUAAUUAUAUUAAUUUAAUAAAUAGCAUACAUGCAGAUGAUUAGACUUACUAUAAAAUGUUAAAGGAAGUGUUUUCAACAAAAACAUUAUACUUUAGUUAUGAAUAUGAUUUAUCUAAUCCUUUUGAUAAAGUUAUGGGUAAUAAUUCAUAAUUUGGUACUUAAUUAAAAACAAGUGAAGGACUUCAUUAUUAUAAGAUUCCUAAUAAUCGUUUUGUUUUUAAUUGGGAACAUAUUAAAUUUUUAAAUCAAUUUUAAAGUACAAACUAACCUGCCUUAUAAUAUUGGUAAACUAUAUUUAUAAGUGGAUGUGUUUUUAUUAGAUAUUGCAAACUUAAUUAAUAAUCUGAUUGUUUUCUUAUUUUACUUAGUAGAAGAGAAACUCUUAGAUCAGGAAGAAGAUUUGUAUAAAGAGGAUGUGAUUAAGAGGGUAAUUGUACUAAUUUUGCAGAAACUGAACAAAUAUUGAUUCUUAAUAGACAAGACUCUAGAGACAUUUAUUCUUUUGUUUAAACUAGAGGUUCUAUGCCUUUUAAUUGGUAAUAAUAACCAACAUUGAAAUGGGCACCUAAAGCUACUAUUAUUGGUGAUAGAUAAUACAAUUAAGAAUUAUGUAAAAAACACUUUGAAAAAUGUGCAGAAUCAUAUUAACAAUUACAAAUUAUUCUUAAUUUAAUUGAUAAAAAAGGAACAUAAAAAAUGUUAGGAGAAUAUUUUACUAAUAUGAUUAGUGGUGUUAAAAGUAUUAAAACUAAAUAUGUUUGGUUUGAUUUUCAUCAUGAAUGUAGAAAUAUGAAAUAUGAGAAUCUAGCUAAAUUAUUAAAUGAAAUUAAAGAAGAUCUUAAAAAAUCUGGAUAUUUUCAUGCUGAAAUUGAUAAGAAUAAUUAUAAUGUGUUAUCAAAAAUACAUAAUUAAUAAACAGGUGUUGUAAGAACUAAUUGUAUGGAUUGUUUAGAUAGAACAAAUGUUGUUUAAUCAGUUGUUUGUAGAAAUUUCUUAUUAUAAAUUUUAAAUUAAACAAAUAUUAUUCAUACAUUAACUGGUGAAGCUUUAUAAGUCUUACCAAAUGAUCUUGAAUAAAUAUUUAGAGAUUAAUGGACUAAAAAUGCAGAUAUUAUGAGUGUAUUAUAUUCAGGAACUGGAGCUUUAAAAACAGAUUUUACUAGAACUGGUAAACGAACAUUCUGGGGUUCAUUAUAAGAUGGUAAAAAUUCAUUGCAUAGAUAUUACAUUAAUAAUUUUGUUGAUGCACAUAAUUAAGUAAUAUUAUAGUAAUAUGAAUAUUUAGAAUUGUAUUGAUUUGGCAUUAGGAAAAUUAGAAGCUGAUAAAAUUAAUUAUAAAAAAACUAAAUUCAAUGGUGUCUUACAAUUACUCAUUUUUGUAAUCUAUUUUUAUUUAUUCAAAGAUUAUUUUUUUGAUGUACCUUAUGACAAAUUUAUUGCCUGGAUUAAUCCUAGAUAAUUAAUCUACUUUAUAUGGCUCAUGUAUAAUCUAAUUAUUUAUUUUUGGAAUAAGUCUGUUCAUAACAAGUAAGAUUUUACUGAAAACACAUUAUUUGUUUAUAACCAAACCAUUAAGAGAUCAAAGUUGA